AUGUAAGUAUUUAAACAUUUAUAAUUUAAUCACUCCAUGAAAAUUAGAAUUUNACUCUUUUUGAAUAAAAUGAUGAAAAAUUAAAAAAGCAGAAAUAGUAUUUUUUAGUUUUGGCAAAAUGUUCAAAUAUUUUUGCAUUUAAUGGAAGUUAUUGUGCUGAUGAUAAUACAAUUAAUACUUAUUUAUCAAAAUAUCAUGGCUUUUUCUUUUUGAAUAUUAAAUUAAGUCAAUUUAAUUAUAAAACUAAAUAACUUGAAAAUUUCAAUAAAUUAUAUUAUACUAGUUUUGAUACUAUUAAACCUCAAUAUACUUAAAUUCUUUUGAAAUAAUAAGAAACUAUUAUAGAUAGUGGUAUAAUUUUUAAUAGUUAUGAACGUUUUUCAUUUCUUAAUAAUUAUGAAUUCAUAAAUUAAGUGAUUGAUAAUUAAUUUACAUAAAAAGUAAUUAACUCAAUGUCAAACUUUACAUAUAAUUUUGAUAGUUUUGGAUGCUUUCUGAUCAGAAUUGACAAUAUAUCUAUCAAAGAAGAGAUUACUCAUCCAAAAUUAGGUUAAGUUUUAGCUUAAAUAGGGUCUAUAGUUUAAUUAAUAUUUAUUUUGAAACAUAUAUUAGUUUAUUACAAUUCUCAAUUAUUAGAAAAUCAAUUAUUGAAUGAAAUUAUAAAAAUGUAUUAUCCAGAAUUCAAAGAAUUUUAACUUAACUUUUUCAAUCAAUUUAAAUUCUCCAAUAAAAAUAAUAAUAUAAAUAAUUCAUCAAUCGAAAAUUUAUAAGAAAAUUAUUCCAUUUUAAGGAAAAAAGCAAAAGAAAAAUGCAAACUUAAUAAUAUACUAUAUGAAAUAUCAAGAAUUUAAUUUAUACUUUAGCAAAAUUUUGGAGAUAUGGUAUUAGUCUAAAGUCAUUAAAUGGGUGGAAAAUUAGAUGAAAAUCAAAUUCUAAGCAAAAAAGAAUCAAAUAGAUUAUCAAUUAAACCUGUAGAAUCUAUCGAUUUAGAUGUAUAAAAUUAUAAUAUAGAACCAUUAGAAUUAUUAAUAAAAUAAUUUUGA